CUGAGGCUUAUUGUUUUCCCUUUGUAAUGUUGAUGGUUAAGAGCUUCUUAGUCCGGAGAUUGUAGAUGAAGAUUUAGCAUAGAAGGAGACCAUUGUACCUGUCCGGUUAAAGGUCCUGGUGGCUUUCUGUUGUAUGUGGCCUGCUAGUGGGAGCAGAAAUCAUUUGGGGAAUAACUGUGGGCCUGAGUGUCGAGACCACAUCAUGGAAGAGCACAUUGAGCAAAGCACAGUGGAUAGGCAGGGCCCCGUCGACUACGGGGUCCAAAUACGCUUCAUAAAUGACCUCCAAGAGACCCAUAAAUCCAAGAAAGCCAAGAAGAAUGUGGCCAAGUCAGGAUCCUAUGGGGUCAUGGUCCGGGUCCAGGGGAUCUCGGGACAGCCGUACGUGGUGUUGAAUAAUAGUGAUGGGGUAUCACCAGCACCUGGGGCACAGUACAGGACAGAUUCUGUUAGAGACAGCAUCCCAGAAGAGAAUGGUUCUGUCGUGCCCGGCACCUAUCCAGAGAUUAGGGGAGGUGCAAAGGAGCUUGAUGUUCCGGAGAACCCUUAUGGGGACACCACUUCCAGUCGCCGUCCCACCGGCAAUGAUUCCCAGUGCAGUACCUCCGACGACGAAGCAGGUUCCAGACACUACGUGCGGCUCUAUGAUUCGGAGGCCUACCUUCGGAGCAGCAGAAAUGCUGGCUCGUACGAGAGCGUCGAGGGCCACAUGUCGCUUCCCCGCCGGAGGCCCGCACACCCUGAAGAGCAGCUGAGGAAGUCUCACUCCCAGGGAUCGUUGCUCAACCUGGAAGAAGAGCCAUUUCCCCUUGAUCUUCCAUCCGGGAAAAGAGGGGACCAGAACCCCCGGAGCUCUGUUGCGUCAACCAGCAGCGAGCAGUCUGGCAGCAGUGGCAGAGGGAAAAUGCCGGGCUAUUCCAACAACCUGUACCCAGACGAACCUCGAGCUAACCUAUCCGUGUCAAGUUCCACCAGUUGGUCAAAGCCACCCAGCAAAGCGUCUUCUGCCACAGACGUUUCGCUGCAGUCCAAUGACACCAGCGCGAUAGACACCAAGCCACUCUCGUCUGUUGACUCCUUAAUCAGCAAGUUUGACCGAAGCGGCGGGCAGCAGAGGGGCCGAACGGCGAGACGUAAUCGGAUUACGGCCGGUGACCAGAAGCGGUCGCAAAGCCUUGACAACAGAGUGUCAACACGCCGCUCCAGCAGUGGACUGGAACUCAAGAAAGAGCCUGACUGGGAUGAGAGAUUUGAGACACCCGGUGGCCAGAAACCAUUCCGUUCUGGUGACGUAAUGGAUGUCUGCAAGGACGUCAGCUACGAGAAGAUCCUGGAAGCCAGGCCUCCAGUGGUCACGAAGGAAUCCCCUCCUCAAACCCAGUUGGCUCCUCCGGUCUCCAGCGCAGACAACAGAUUCCCUAGCAAACCCGCCAAGGAGCCGGCUCACUUUCCGACUUUCAAUGCGUCCAGUCUCCCCAGAAAGUGGAGCCAGAAUCGAACCGAGGUGGAGCCCGUCGUGGAGAGGAGUCGGAAUGCUGCAGUCUUCACUGAGCGAACCAUGCAGUUAAAAUCCACACCUGACCUUCUGAGGGACCAGCAAGGACUUUCUCCUGCCAGCGAAGAGCCAACUAAGCAGCUUCUCUUCAAAAUACUGAAGGAGGGGAGUGUCGAAAGUGACAGUUUCUUGAGGAAGAAAACAAGCCUGGUGUUUGACAAAUUCCAAGGCAUGAAGUAUGCUGAAUUAUCACCUGAUCUCCAGACCCUCUCUACUCGGAACAGUGACUUGGAGAAGAAAAUUGCAGAGCUCCAGCGUAAACUGGAUGAAGAACUAAUGAAUCAUAAGGAUGGCCAGAGGAGAAUUGAUGUGCAGGAUCUCCAAAUACAGCUGGAGGAGACCAAGGAGGAGAGGGACCAGCUGCACUCGCUGUAUCAGAAGAAUAGGAAGGAGCUCCAGGGUAACAUCCAAGAACUGAUGAAACUGAAGAUGGAGAAGGAGACGGUGGAGGCAGAGAUGAGAGACCUGCAGGAUGAAAUGGCUGCCAUGCACAAAGAGCUGAAAAGUAGCAGGAAAUCUACGGGGGACAGUGGGGACACUGAGAUUUUAUCAGAGCUAGCAAGGACAAAAGAGGAACUGGACAUGGUCGCCACAGCCAAACAGACCGUGGAAGACAUCCUGAGGCAGAAGGAGCGGGAGCUGACAGCCCUGAAGGGCGUUCUGAAGGAAGAGGUGUCCAGCCACGACAAGGCGAUGGAAGACCUUACAGCCCAGUACCAGAAGGAUAUGGAACAGCUCAGGAAAAACUUUGAGGAGGUGUCACAGACACAGCAGAAUGUGGAGUCUGAGAGGCAGAAGAUCAAUUCAACGAUGCGGAACCUGCAGAGACAGCUGGAGGAGAGCACCGAGGAGACCGUGCACUGGAAGGAGAUGUUCCAGAAAAACCGUGAGGAGCUACGCCACACCAAGCAGGAGCUGAUGCAGAUCAAGCUGGAGAAAGAGGAAUUCGACGAGGAGCUGCGGGAUUUGCGCGAUCGUUACUCGGUGAUGCAGGAUGAGGUGGACCAUGUGAAACGGACUUCAGUGGACAAUACAGAGAUCCAGUCGCUUAAAAAAGAGCUGCUUACGGCCAAGAAGGAACUGCAAGAGAUGGCCAGGAACGCUGAGCAUCAGGAGGCUCUGUUGCAACGCAAGGAGCAGGAACUGAGUGCACUGAAAGGAACGCUCAGCGAAGAGGCUGCCAAUCACAGCAAAGCACUAGAUAAACUCAAGCAGAGCCAUCAGAAGGAAGUGGACGUGCUAAAGAGGAACUGUGACCUUAUGUCAAAGGAUAAAUUAAACCUGGAAAAUGAGAAAGGAGCCACCGAGCAAGCCAAGAAGGCAGCGGACUCCUCUCUCAAACAGUUGAGGCAGGACAACGAGGACCUGAAGAGGAAGGUAUCGCAAAUGGACUUCCAGAUGGGAGAGUGCAAGGACGAGAUUGAGGAGCUGAAGGCCUCUGAAUCACGGUUGAAGGACAGGGCGGUCCGACUGGAGGCAGAGCGGAAACAAAUGGAACUGUCUUUGGGAGAAGUGACGGAGAAGGAACAGGAGAUGGCCAUAAACAAGAGGAUGUUGGAAAACCGCCUGGAAGAAACGCAGAGGAAUCUGAACAGGCUGACCCAAGACCACCAGGAGUUAACCAAGCGUUUCCAGGACGAGACGAGGCAAAAGGAUCAGCUGAGGAAAGUGAAGAACGAGCUGGAGGAGCAGAAGAGGUUGCUCGAUAAGACGAUUGAGAAGCUGCAGAAAGAGGUGGAUGAGGUCUCUAAGCAGUCAGGAAACUCUGUGGUGGUGCUGCAGUCCCAAUUGGACGAGUACCGGGAUAAGUCACGUCGCGAGUUAACGGAACACCAGAGGCAAGCGAAGGAGAGGGCUCUGGAGCUGGAAAAAGCAAACGUGACCAUCAAGAGGUUACAAGAUGAGGCUGGGCGGCUGAAGCAGGAUCUGCAGCAGAGCAACGCGGAGAAGGAGAACGCGCUGCUGGACAAGGAUCUGCUGAGCCAGCGGCUGCAGAACCUGGAGCAGGACGUGGAGGCCAAGAGACGGACGCAAGACGACAAGUUGCGGAUGGUUAAAGUUCUGGAGGUGAGUGAGAGGGAGAUAUUGAGUUACCAAUACAGUUGGAUUAUUUUGUUGCUGCAGCAUCCGUGGAGAGAGAGAGAGCAAAUUAAUCAGCUGAGAGCCGAGUUGAUGCAGGAAAGAGCUGCAAGGCAGGACCUAGAAUGUGAUAAGAUUUCCUUGGAGAGGCAGGUAAAAGAUUUAAAGAUUCGCCUGUCCAACUCUGAAGGUACUCUGAAACCGAAUGCCAACUUGUCCCAACUCGAAUCUCGCAUCAGGGAACUGGAGGAUCGCUUACAGUCAGAGGAAAGGGACCGAAGUGCACUGCAGGCAUCUAAUCGCAAGCUGGAGCGGAAAGUCAAGGAACUAACCAUUCAGCUCGAUGAUGAAAGGCAGCAGGUGUCUGAUGAGAAGGACCAGCUGACCCUGCGUGUGAAGGCACUGAAGCGACAAGUCGAUGAAGCGGAGGAGGAGAUUGAGCGACUGGAAACGGCGAGGAAGAAGAGCUUGCGGGAGCUGGAGGAUCUCCACGAGGUCAACGAGCAGCUACAGAACCGCAUCAAAUCCUUGGAGAAGGAUGUCUGGCUGUUCCACUAUAAGCGAGAGGCAGACUGAGUUGUUGUAAGUUCAUGUU